GGGACAUCAGCCACGGCAGCUCAGCUGUAUGUGUGUGUGUGGAUUGCACCAUCAUACGCUCCCCUGUACCUACUUACAGCCAUGCUUUGAAAGACUAUCUAUAUCUGUUACAUAUAUACAUUUAUAUUUUGUAUUACUGAUUAAUCAAAGCAUUGCUCAUUUGGCGUGAGUAGAAGAAAGUGACUUCGGCUAUGGCUUUAGUAAUGGAACCUAUUAGCAAAUGGACACCCAAGCAAGUACUGGACUGGAUGAAAGGACUUGACGACUGCCUUCAACAGUACAUUAAGAAUUUCGAGCGGGAGAAGAUCAAUGGGGAGCAGCUCCUUCACAUCACCCACCAGGAGCUGGAGGAGCUGGGGGUCACCCGUAUCGGACACCAGGAGCUCAUUCUGGAGGCUGUGGAUCUGCUCUGUGCACUGAAUUAUGGCCUUGAGACAGAGAACCUGCGAACACUCUCCCACAAGCUCAAUGCCUCGGCCAAGAACCUACAGAACUUCAUUGCUGGCCGGCGGAGGAGCGGGCACUAUGACGGCAGGGCCUCUCGACGGCUACCCAACGACUUCUUGACCUCCGUGGUCGACCUCAUCGGUGCUGCCAAGAACCUCCUGGCCUGGCUGGACAGAUCUCCUUUUGUAAGCGUGACAGAGUAUUCAGUGUUGAAAAACCAUAUUGUUCAACUGUGCCUGGAACUAACGACCAUAGUGCAACAGGAUUGCACUGUGUAUGAAACAGAAAACAAGAUCCUCCAUGUGUGUAAAACUCUGUCUGGAAUAUGUGACCACAUCAUCUCCCUCUCCUCUGAUUCGCUUGUCUCUCAGUCUGCUCACCUGGAGGUCGUCCAUCUCACCAACAUCAUGCCCAGCGAUGGCCUGGGGAUGUACAUCAAGUCAACAUAUGAUGGGCUGCAUGUAGUCACUGGAACCACUGAAAAUUCUCCCGCAGACCUGUGCAAGAAGAUCCACGCAGGGGAUGAGGUCAUCCAAGUCAACCACCAGACUGUGGUGGGCUGGCAGCUGAAGAACCUGGUGAACGCGCUGCGAGAGGAUCCCAAUGGCGUCAUCCUCACGCUAAAGAAGCGACCCCAGAACACGCUGACCUCAGCCCCUGCCCUGCUCAAGAAUGUACGCUGGAAACCCCUCGCCCUCCAGCCCAUCCCUACGAGCCCUAAUAGCUGCUCAACCACCCCAACAAACACGAUGGGCAUGUCUUCGAAGGUGGACAGCUCUAACAUGCAUGACGUUUUUAUCCUCUCUCCUGUCUCAGGGCUUUAUGGACCGAGGGAAGACAUGGGCAUCAUGUCCUGUGAUGACAUCAGCAAGUACGGAAUGGGAAAGUCUGGGAUGAAGGGCUCAGAAUCUCCCAGCUACUUCCUGGACCAUGAGAGUGGGAAGUACUACACACUGAUGGAGGGGGAGGGCGUCUCGGUGGGGCCAGACUACGAACGGGGGAGAUCGACUGGUGUGCGGAGACGAGAGAGGACGCCCACUCACGGUGACCUAAGGCCAGUUUCCAUGCCAACGGAGUACAGCUGGAUAGGAGAGACCAAGGAGCCCAACAUGUACAAGAGGGGGAGCAGAGACUCUGAGAACUCUCUCCUUCGUUACCUGAGUGACGACAAGAUCCUGGUGAUUCAGGAGGAGCCCGAGACCCAGCGGGAGUGUAAGCGGGACACGGGCCAGCGAUCCCGGAAGAAGGGCAAGAACCCCAGCAGCCCCAGCUAUCCCAUCAGCCCCUCCCUGCUGACAUCCACUGUGCGGCUGGACUCUUCCCAGUCAGAGUUGCUGUCCUUCCCUCUGCCCGAGAGCAACACUGUCCCCCUCUACCACAGAGCUGGGGACACGCUGCGAGGAGAUUCAGAUCGGUAUGCUAGUUCUGGAAUAGAUAGACAAGGGGUCACAUCCAUGAGGAAGUCAUUUCAUUACGCCUCCUUAAGGACUAAAACCAAAAAGAGAACCAAAGGCUCUCUGACCAGUGGAAGCCGGCGGAGGAUCUCCUGUAAAGACCUGGGCCAUGGCGACUGUGAGGGCUGGCUCUGGAAGAAGAAGGAUGCCAAGGGCUACUUCAUCCAGAAGUGGAAGAAGUACUGGUUCAUCCUGAAGGAUUCCUCACUCUACUGGUACACCAACCAGAACGAUGAGAAGGCAGAAGGGUUCAUCAGUCUCCCAGAGUUCAGGAUAGACCGAGCCAUCGAAUGCAGACGGAAAUUCGCCUUUAAAGCAUGCCACCCCAAAAUCAAGAGUUUCUUUUUUGCCACGGACUGCCUAGAGGAAAUGAACAGGUGGAUGAAUCGCCUGGGACUCGCGGCUAUCGGCUACACACCUGACGACAAGGUACCUCGACCUGAUGAAGACUACUGGAGUGAAAGUGACCAGGAUGACAUUGAUGGUUCCCUCACCCUGAAACAGGAAGGUCCUUCCUCCAUGUGUGACACCUACCAUCGGACCCCCUCCGUGAACUCCUCCAGCCCGUUCCCAGAGCCCAAACACGGGCGGCACUUCUCGAGCGAGUCGACCUACUCUCAGUCGUCAGCGGAGGACUCCAGGCAGGACCCCACAGGCAGUACGCACUCCUCGGGCUGUCGGUCCUCGUACCGCGAGCGUCGCUCCUGGCAGGACCUGAUCGAGACCCCGCUCACCAGCUCUGGGCUGCACUUCCUGCAGACGGUGCCCUCUGACCCUGAGUACACGGGUGGCCGGCCGGGUAUGUCCCCUGAGCGGCGGAGACAGGCCACCCUGCCCGUGCAGCGCCGCCACCACACAGACCGCGACGGGCCAUUCCCGCUGGUGGGGUGCGAACGUGGCUUCAAUCCCCACCGGCGGGCGCACAAGCAACGUAGCCAGAGCCUGCCACGGAACCGCGAUUCCCGGGGCAAGGGCAGCGUGCACCCAGCGGGGCUGUCCGAGGAGAAGUCAGAGGACGAAGAGAUUGAGUUCCGCAAGCAGAAUGGAUCCAGUAAAGAAGAGGGCCAGCGGGAGGAGCGGGAGAGAGACAGGGAGCAGGAGAGCCGCGAUGGGCUGCAGGAGCUCUAUAAGACCUUGGAGCAGGCCAGCCUGUCCGCCUUCGGGGAGCAGCGGCCAUCCACCAAGCAGGAGUUCCGGCGCUCAUUCAAUAAAAGGUGCAACGACCCCGUCAUCAACGAGAAGCUGCACCGGAUCAGGGCCCUGCGCAGCACGCUCAAGGCGAAGGAGGGCGACUUGGGCGUGAUUAACCACCUUCUUGACAACCCAAACCUGACCUCGAAGAAGUUCAAGGAGUGGAAGCAGAGGCACCACGAGCUGUUCGUGGACAUUUGCGAGUUCAGCUCAGGGCCCAGCAAGCCUCAGAACGGAGCCUCCGAACUGUCGGCCCUGCCUCCCCUCAUGACACACACCCACUCCUUCAUCGAGACGCACGUCUGAGACACAAGGGGGUGCUGUGGAGCCUGCUGACAGUUCCUGAAGAACACAAUCAACCCCCAGCCCACCUUCUGCCUCACCCUUGAAAAGACAGUCCCAAUCCCCAUACCCACCCAACCCCAACAGCCAACCACUGUAAUAUUUGUAAAUAAUGUAUUCAAAACAAAAAGUUAUCCUGUAAAUACAUUGGAUGAAAGAGAAUAGUGCCACAGGAUGCCUAAAACAUGCAUGAACAGAAAGUAUUAUCCUUAUGUUUUCUUCUUAACAAAAAAAAAAAAAACAAACAAACAAACAGAAACAUAUUUUAGUUGUGCUGUUGUGGAGCACUGUGUGCAUUUUAAUUUAAUUUAAUUUAAUUUAUUUUUUUGCGAUAAACAAGAGGCAAUGUAGCAGCAUUAUUGAUGGGGAAUCUCUCCUACCAGUAUUAAAGCUUAUAAUGCAACAGCUCUCAUAAACUGCUCACAGAUUUUUAUAUAUAUAUUUAUAUAAUUAUUAUUAUUACUAUUAUUAUUAUAAUUAAUUGUUUUUAAGCGAUGGAUUAAAGGUAACCCAAUAGUAGGAUCUAGGGACAUCUACCGACUCACUAACGGAAGGGACCCAGAAGAAACCUUAUGCGUAACUCUUUACUGGCUGGACAGUUUUCUGAAAAAAAACAACACGCAUGACAUUCUAACAUGCACUGGGAAAGAGUAACGAUUCACAUAAAGCAGCUACUCAAUAAAUCAUUUAAAACUGUGACUAAAAUCCUUGUGAAUGCAAUCUUUAGAUUCUGGCUAUUCAGAAUCCCCCAAAAAAGAGAAAAGAAACGCUUGCUUGAAUCAUCUCUGUUGCUUCAGUCACAAGCCAGUAUUGCUUAGAAAGACAUUCCUGGCUCUGGGCUGAACUCAGGUUUUUGUUCUUUUCUGUUCUGUUCUGUUGAAGCACCUUUAUGUCAACUAUUGGCUUACAUUCAUACAGCAUUAGCAUACUCUUGAGCGCAUUGCAAUUCUAUGCAUUUGAUAACAAGCUAGUGCUUCAUGAAUGUGCCCCAAUACAACUUGUCACUAAGCUCCUUCAGACAUCAGAAGGCAGCUCCACUCUACAGCUGAAAUGAACUGAGAUAACUCCUUAUUGUUUUGUUUUUAAGGGAUAACUGAAACACAAGCCGUUCCCACAUCACAGCUAAUGUACACUAUCCUCACAUUACCCUCCAUAGAGAAGGGACUGAGCUGCCAGCCUACUCCUCCAAAUUCAGACUGUACUUGAGCUCAGUGACCCAGGCAUCAAACUCAUUGAACUCAAAGAGAACCAUUGGUAGCAAAUCAUAUUAACUCAUCAGUUCAUUUAAGACAGUUUAAAUACCGUUAUCCCAAUUUUAGAUUAAUAAUGAGACUCUCCGAGCCAUUGUUAUAAUUAGAAUAUAUUCCCGUAGCAUAUACAGCCUUCAUUAAAGGGAAGGCCAAAGAAAGUGUGCCAUACAAACCUCUGGACAAUAGAAAUUAGCCGGCAUUCAUACUGAUGGUUCUAGUGAAACAUACUUUGGAGAAGUGUUUCAAAUAGUUUAGCUUGUAAAGAAACCUUUUUUUUUUUUUUAAGACAAAGCUAAUAAAUGAUUGUAGUGAAUGAUCUUGAAUUUAUUGCUAAAUUCUUAUUGAAAGAACAGUUCUUCACAGGAAAAGUGUGUUUGAAGUAAUUAACAACUGCCGCAUUCAAGCCCUUUGUGUGGCUGCUUGGAGAAAUGAGCAUCACUCGAGGGUGUUUAAAAAUCAAACAAAACUCGACUUCAUAACCAAGCUACCUUUGUUGUCUUUAUCAUGACUUGUUAAGUGCCACGACUACCUUGUAAAGAAUGUAGAGACCACAGGAAGAGAUCAAACACAGGUUUGUGUGUUGGUGGCUGAGGGAGCUGCUUACCUUGGUUUCUGUCCAGCCCAGUCGUACAUCUGGUACUGACAUUGUUAGUGGGUUUGAUGCUAAUUUUUUCUUUCCUGCAUUGCUAUUGGGUUCUAUAAUGCAGUAUGUGAUGAGUGCAGAGCACAUACAGUGUAGCAGCACACUGGUCCCAUAUAGCAUCUUCAUUUUCUUCACACCCCGCUAUAAGAUACUCACGACAUUCAAUCAUAUUGUCAUUCUAACCACACAAUCAGAUUUCAAACAUUAAAAGUGAACUGAGACAAUGUCUACAAAAAGUACCAUCUAGCAAAGAAUUGGGCUUAUUUCAGUGCUACUGUGAAAGCAAUCGGGUCUCAGAAAACGGGCAUGAUACAGUCAGCCAAUUGGUUAUUUUUUAAAUAUGGCAAUAUAUACAGAAUGUGCAUACUCUGUACACAAUGAGAUUUUAAUAUUGGUUAUGUUGUAACACUAAAAGAAACGUUCUUGUUCCAUAAAUCUUAGCAGUGGAUGUGGUUUUGAAAGAAACACGUUGUAGUGAACGGGAUGGAAGUGGAAUGAAAUUCAGUUGUCCGUUACAAUCACUUUAAUAUCUUAAAUGAGAAAGACUUCUAGUCAAAAGGCUUGUCAUUCUUUUAGUAGUAUUACGUAUUCUACCAUCAAGUGGUUUCGUGUAGCAUCAAGGGAUUAUGUUUUUGAGUUCAGUUCAGUUAAGAUCAAGCAUGCUUGGGUUGGCAACACCUGAUUACGCAAUGGAAGAGAAAGCGUGAGAACCUUCCAACAAUGUAAACUAAACCAGAAUGGGCUUCUAACACUGUCCUUUGAGCCACACAGGCUAACCAAAUAUUUUAUGUGCAUCAAUAAUAGUCCUGGUAGGCUGGCCAUUAUAUUCUCGUUGUAGUCUCUGGCAUCUAUAAGUAUAAUGAAGUUUUAUGUGUAAGUACUAAUACACUGAAUGCUGAAUGUAUUUGAAAAUGAUGUAAAGAUUUUAUUAGUGAGUCACAGAAAUGACCAUACACACAAAUUUAAAACCACACUUAAAUCUGAAUUUAACUAUCCUUUAUAAUAAAAAAGAUAACAGUGAACUUCAAGAUGUUGAUAGUAAUGCCAAGUCUAACCUAUUCUGUUUUUUUAUU